AUGGAAGAGGAACAGCUGAAUCAGGAGUAUAAAAUUCCGUUAAAGGACUCUCCAGGGCCACAGACUUGUCCACAGUUUAUCUACUCUGUUGAUGACGGAACGCUUCCUUCCAACAUGCGGACAGUGUUUUUGACGAAGGUGCAACUGACCAGGGAGUACCAAAGGUCACGUGUUUGUCUGGGCAAUUGCUGUCGUCGACCUAAGGAUACAGAUGAUAAGGAAAAGAGAAAGAAGAAAUUGUGGCUAAUGUGUGUCCUUGUUGUCGUUAUAACAUCACUUAUUACCGCAUUUGUCGUUUGGGAACUUCUCAAUAAAGCAUCUGAAAAUCAGCCAAUAUACCAGUGGGAUAUGAAGGAAGAUGAGGACGGUGUUCUAGAUCACGAAGAACACGAAUCCCGAGUAUUAAUUAGUAAAACCAAAGCAAUUGUGGACAAAAGAGCUUUCCAACGGACUCCAUGUCGCAAAAUCUGCUGGGAUUUCUCUGCUUUUAAGUUCAGAUCGACAUGCAUGAAUGGGUUUUGUAGAUGUGAAGGUCAUGGCUACAACUCCGACACAUGUUUACCGGAUGUUGACGGAUGUGUAAUGCAGUCUGAGGAGGUCCUAUAUGCAGAUGCUUCUAUAAAUGGCAAGAGCGUAUCAAAUUAUAAUUGUAAGCAGAGAAGUUCCGAAGGAAACGCUAUUCACGUGUUCAGUGUAUUCGGAUUGGGAGAUUUCUCGGCAACUACUAUUGAUUUAAAAGGAACUAAUACCGAUGAUGAUAUCACUAUAAUCCUGGCCAGCUAUCAGAAGAUGAACUGGAUUGUUCGAGUAGACGAGGGUGUUCGUAUAGGUAAAAUUAUUAUGAUGCAAACAUUGAAUUUAGGAAACUCAGAUGUCGUCAUAGACGGAUUAUACACAGGAAAAAGUCCCAUUGUGUCGUUCUACAGAAGACAGUCAGGUUACGGUGAUGAUCGUGAUGGAGGACACACGGUACAAUUAAUACAAACAAUUACGAAGGAAGUCGGACGAAUCACUACUUUUACCGGAAGUAAAUACGUCGAUCAUUUUAGUUUAAACUUGGAUAAAAUAUCGACAGAAACUGCAUAA